AUGUCUACCGGUAAUCCUCUUAUAAUCGGAUCCUAUGCAACGAUAGCUCUUCUUUGGGGACUAUCUCAAGUCAUCCUUAUUCCCUAUGUCGUCCACUUGUUGGUUUUGGUAAUGGCAAUCCUCUACGCUGCCUGCCAUCAAUCGUUGGUCCUGCGAGAAGAAAUCCCCAAGGAGGGAGAAGAAGGAUACGAUCCAGAUGCCAGUCGCGAAACCAUGAAGGCAGAAGACGCUUAUCAAUUUCCAUUGGUUGGAAGCAUGUCACUGUUUGGAUUGUACAUGGCUAUCAAGUUCUUGGGUAAGGAGUGGGUCAACUAUUUGAUUGGUGCUUACUUUGGACUGGUCGGUUGUGGAGCUAUUACCAUUACUCUUUCACCGUUGGUGGCUAAAUUUUUGCCUGCUUCUACCAACGAAAAGAAGAUGGGCUUCAAAAAGAGCAUUGAACAUCCUCUUCCCGAUUGGAUUCUGCCUUCUCCCUUGCCCAUUGGUUUUGAAUUCACCACCGCAGAUGUGAUUGCCUUUGUUGGAUCGGCCGGAGUUCUCUAUGGAUACUUCCAAGCCAAGCAUUGGACUUUGAACAAUAUUAUUGGAAUUUGCUUUUGCUUGCAAGGAAUUCAAAACUUUAGCUUGGGAACCUACAAGAUUGGAGCCAUUCUUUUGGUUGGGCUAUUCUUCUACGACAUUUUCUGGGUGUUUGGAACUGAUGUUAUGGUUACAGUUGCCAAGAGCAUUGAUGGUCCAAUUAAGCUUCUCUUCCCACGUACUUUGAUCCCAAACGAAGAAACUGGAAAGAUCGAAUUGAGUCUUCUUGGAUUGGGUGAUAUUGUGAUUCCAGGUUUCUUCUUGGCACUCUUGUUGCGAUUCGAUGCCCACCAGGCAAAAAUGCCAACCAAGGAUAUCGACAUUUACACUUCCUUCCCCAAACCAUACUUUCACUCGGCCAUGAUUGCGUACUUUAUGGGGCUUGCCACUACAUUGUUUGUCAUGAUUCAAUUCAAAGCAGCACAGCCUGCGCUUCUAUACCUAGUCCCAGCUUGUUUGGGAUCAUCUCUACUCUGUGCCUAUUCGAAAGGAGAGUUCAAGGAACUCAUGGCGUACUCGGAAGAAGAGGAGGAAGAAGAAAAGAAGGAAAAGGAACAAGCGAAAAAGGAUGAUUAA